UUUUAAUUAACGCAUGCACUGCCAUCUUGUCACCUGACUAAAGAAUUUACCACUUGCCAUUGCCAGUCCUGUCUAGUGCAGACUCUUAACACUAUAGGUGUCAGUUUCUCCUAUAGAUGCCACUGAAAUGCAAAGUCAAUUGUUUUUCACUUUUUCAUGCAAAAAUGGCUGGUGCAGCAGAUAAUAUUCUAGGAUCAUGGCAGUUAAUGUGCUAAUAUUGAUCAUAAAAAGACACAAUUCUAUACAGUAGUGAUGUCCAUCUUUCACAUAGACCACUAGAGAUGGCAAAAAUAUGUGCAAAUUUUAAAUACAAUGGCAUCUCAAGAUGUUAUGGAUGAAAAUUGCCGUUAAUAUCCAUUGCAUUCUGAAGUGCUACUGGUAGAUUUGGAUGAUGUUAAAUGAAGUUCAUAAAUCAGUGUUCACACUUGAGCAGAGGGAUGCUGAAACCAUGGGUCUCUCAGGUGAGAAGAUCAACAUGAACACAUACCUGGACAUGCUGCACCUCUACACAGAACCACAAAUUGAGCGUUUACAGCUACACAUCAAUUUGCUCCACCUGCUUCGGACGCCUCGUACGUUUACCUGCUCGCUUCAACAGAUGUACCGAAGGAUUCUCCUUUGGACUACAAGUCCAAUUCAUCAUGCAGCAGUCCAUCUAAAGGGGAUAUUCAGGAAAACUCUGAAACGUAAUACUUUCGUUUCUGUCCUAGGACCAACACUAAUAGAUAAUAAAUUGCUGUGUAAUUCUCCUGUAAACUUGGUCGUCGACAUACGACUGACUUCUGUUCUGACUGACAGAUCAUGUUCCUUGCCAUUCGGGACACCUGUUCCAGGCCUGCCUAUCCAUAAUAACUUGCGCCGCCCCAACUCGAGCCAUUUUCCACAAUCAUGGUUCCAGUUUUGGAGAGGCCUCACUUCAGAAUGUACUUGGAAGUGUACUGCAAUUAUAUGCAUUAUUUUAUCAGUUGUACUUGCAGGAGUGCUGACAUAUGUGUCAGUGGUUAACCUAUUAAGCUGGCCAUAUCAGAGUGCCAACUCUAGCACAGUUCAUGUUGGAGAAAGAACAGAAGUUUCCCCCAAGAUUUCUGCUGUAAGGGAUCAUUUGUCCAGUCGACCUCAACCUUCUUCUGGAGCAGUUAACAUAUUAAACAGGCCAUAUCAGAGCGCCAAAUCUAGCACAGUUCUUGUUGGAGAAAACGCAGAAGUUGUCACAGUGACAUCUGCUGAAACGAAUAGUUCGUCCAGUCGUCCUCGACCUUCUUCAGGAGAGCUCUGUGACCUGGACUGUGGAUCACAUGGUCACUGUGUUGGUGACUCAUGUAUGUGCAAUUCUGGAUGGUCUGGAGAUUACUGCACCCUGAAACAGUGUGAUCCAAGGUGUAAUGAACAUGGACAAUGUAAAAAUGGCACGUGCUGGUGCAUGAUGGGAUGGAAUGGACGUCAUUGUACUAUGGAAGGCUGUCCAAACAGCUGCAGUAGACAUGGUCAGUGUCGAGUCAACAGCGAUGGUGCAUGGGAAUGUUACUGUUAUGAAGGUUGGGAUGGACAAGACUGUAGUGUUGCUCUGGAACAGAGCUGUAGUGAUGGAAGGGACAAUGAUGAUGAUGGUCUAACUGACUGUGAAGAUCCUGAGUGUUGCUCCAAUCUUCUGUGUCGCAGUAGUCAACUCUGUGUAUCAGCUCCCAAACCUAUUGACAUUCUGCUCAGGAAACAGCCACCUGCAAUUACAGCAUCUUUCUUUGAGCGAAUGAAUUUCCUUAUUGAGGAAGAAAGCCUCCAGUAUUAUGCUCACCAGGAGGCAUUCAACAAAAGGUAAGUUUAAUAAUGUCAUGACAUGACAUUCUUGUAGUAGACACUAACAUGUGAAACACAU